CACGAUGCCUCGGUCCCGCUGGCUGAGAUCUGUGGGGGCCCUCCUGGUGCCAGCCCCCUGCUGGGCCCCCCGGGUGAGGUGGCUGGGUCUUCUACGGCAGCCCUCCCUGGUGCACGGGUGCCCAGUCCUGGGGGCCUGGCACAGUGCCCGCCGCUUGUGCCAAGUGUGGACAGAGGAUCCUCGAGCAUUCUACUCCUCCCUCAGAAUGAACGGAGACCAGAAAUCAGAGGCUUACGCCCAAGAGAAGCAGGAUUUCAUCCAGCACUUCUCCCAGAUUGUCAAGGUGCUGACUGAGGAUGAUCUGGGGCACCCAGAAAUAGGAGAUGCUGUUACCCGGCUCAGGAAGGUCCUAGAGUACAAUGCCAUUGGAGGCAAGUACAACCGAGGUUUAACAGUGCUGGCAGUGUUCCAGGAGCUGGUGGAGCCCAGGAAGCAGGAUGCUGAGAGUCUGCAGCGGGCCCUGACAGUGGGCUGGUGUGUGGAACUGCUCCAAGCCUUCUUCCUUGUAUUAGACGACAUCAUGGAUUCAUCCCUUACCCGACGCGGGCAGCCCUGCUGGUAUCAGAAGCCAGGCAUAGGUCUGGACGCCAUCAAUGAUGCCAUGUUGCUGGAAUCGUGUAUCUACCGCCUGCUGAAGCUCUACUGCCGGGAGCAGCCCUAUUACCUGAACCUGAUGGAGCUCUUCCUGCAGAGUUCUUAUCAGACUGAGAUUGGACAGGCCUUGGACCUCAUCACUGCCCCUCAGGACAAAGUGGAUCUCAGCAGAUUCACUGAAAAGAGGUACAAAUCCAUUGUCAAGUACAAGACAGCUUUCUACUCCUUUUACCUUCCUGUAGCUGCUGCAAUGUAUAUGGCAGGCAUUGACGGGGAGAAGGAACAUGCCAACGCCAGAAAGAUUCUGCUAGAGAUGGGCGAAUUCUUUCAGAUUCAGGAUGAUUACCUUGAUCUUUUUGGUGACCCGAGUGUGACAGGCAAGAUUGGCACUGACAUCCAGGACAACAAAUGCAGCUGGCUGGUGAUCCAGUGUCUGCAGCGGGCCUCCCCAGAACAGCGCCAGAUCCUGCAGGACAAUUAUGGGCAGAAGGAGACGGAGAAGGUGGCCCGGGUGAAGGCACUGUAUGAGGAACUGGAGCUGCCUGCUGUGUUCAAGCAGUAUGAAGAAGAGAGUUUCAGCCACAUUAUGGGGCUUAUCGAGCAGUAUGCUGCUCCCCUGCCCCCAGCCAUCUUCCUGGGACUAGCGCACAAGAUCUACAAGCGGAAAAAGUGACCCUAAAUACGGCGAGGGUGGGGGAGGGGAGGCUCUUAAUAAAUUAUUAUUGUUUAAUCUUC